GCUACUUGAGGUCAUCAAUAAUGAAAUAUUUGAAAUGUUGUUUUUCCCUUUUCUUUAAUGUUAUUACUAGAAUAAUAAGAUAUCAUAUGGGGGACCUUUCAAACUCCAUAAAACCGGACCUACAACAUACAAUUAGCAAAGCAUGUUGUACUUGAAUCGAUUAUGCAACUUUCAAUCAGCUUCUAAUCUAACAAUCACAAUAAUACCUGCAGGCCUGGGGCAUAGGAGUACUUCUCUUUAAUCAACAUAACGUAAAGCUAAAGUUAUUCUCUUUUCUUUUCUCUUCAUAUUCUUCUCAAAAACCCCAUUUUCCCUGUUUUCUUGAGACUUUAGACCUUUAAUCUUACCUACCCAGUUCAAUUCCUUAUUUAAAUACCCCAAUUCUGUAGUAAUUUGAUAAACCCAGAUCAUAAAAACUGAGAAUUUCACCUCACAAAACCAUGAAAAACAGGGGAAAAAGAGGGGUAGAACUAGAACCAUAUAUCAACAAUGGUGAUUAUGAAAAUUUUCCAGAAUUUCCAUGCAGAAAACACCCACCUUCAUCUUCUUCAGGUGGGAUUUGUGCUUACUGUCUUAAUGAUCGAUUAUCUCAACUAAUUUGCCCAGAUUGUGGCGAACAAAGAAUUUCUUCUUCUUGUUCUUGCUCUGAUGUGGGAAGAAUCUCAUUAUUGCUUGAAAAUGUACCCAAAAUGGACCCAAGAUCAGCAGAAUCAGGGAAGUUUUGGAAGAUUGGUAAACUAUUCGGGAAAAAAAGAGAAAAACCCAAUCGCAAAACCCUAAACCCUAAUCAAAUCAACGCAGAAACUCGUGAUUUUAAUAGGAUUUCAAGAUCAAGAUCAGUAUGCAGUUUCCGAAGAUUCCAUACAACAGAAGAUAAUAAAAAUGGGGAUUUCCCCAAUUCUUCAUCAGCUGCAAGAGUUUCAAGUGUAAGCACAGGAAAUUUCAUCAUAGAUUCAGCAAAAAGAAGUUGUUUCAGUGAAUCUGAAGCAAGAAUUAGCAACUUUGAAUUUGUGAAUAGUGAUGAUCAAGCUUAUAUUGAUUUGAAACUACAUGAUAUAUCAUCAUCAUCAUCAGAUUACUCAAGAGUUCCUGUACCUGAUCUUGCUGCUAUGAGGAGGAGUGGGUUUGGAUUAUCUACCAAAGAUUUCGAGUUUCGAGGCGAUGUGAAUUUCGAGAUGUUUAACAAUGGCGGAAGAUCUUGUAGGAUUAGUAGUGUUGGUGAUGGAGAUUUAAGGAAGUGCAGAAGAAGUUCUAAGGUCUGGAAAUGGUUUUUUAGGCAUCAGCAGAAUCAUCAGACUGGUUCUGAUAAAUUUGAUUAUCAUGAUUUUAACUUAUAAAUUUGUUUUGUAUUUUGGAAUAUAAUGAGGUUUAAUUGUUACUUCUACUUGAUUACCAUAAACUGUAUUGUUGCAUAAUUGAUCCCAUAUUCAAGUUAGUCCAAUAUUGAUGUUGAGUACUGAAUGCUUUAUCUAGCUGAGUGCUGAGAAUGCAACAUUAUGUCUUUUUAUUGUGCUGGCUCCAAUGUUAUUGUCAAAAAAUCA